UCGCCUCCCUCCGGGUCCCCACCGAAUGCGCCCGGGACGCGGCGGCCGCCAGCCCCGCUCAGCCUGCGGGGCACGGCGUGUGCGGGGGCACUCGGGCACCACGAUGCUUUGUUUUCCUGCCGCAGGAAGCCCAGGCGGGCUCUUGCCAGCCGACUUCACCCGCCCGCAGCCCCAGCCAUAGCCAUGGAAGUUGCCGCGGCGCGGGGCAGGAGGGAACCGCUCGGCGCGGCGUCUCGUUUGGAUGGUUUUGCUCUGCAAGGACCACUUCUUUCUCCCUUCGAGGGUGGCCGUUCCUGCCGCCGCGCCCCCGGUGUGUCAGCCCAAGGGCACCACUAACGGCCACUACCCGGCCCCACGCCUCUCCAUCUCCUCCCGAGCCACGGUGGUAGCCAGAAUGGAAGGCACCUCCCAGGGGGGCCUGCAGACCGUCAUGAAGUGGAAGACAGUCGUUGCCAUCUUUGUGGUGGUGGUCGUCUACCUCGUCACGGGUGGUCUCGUCUUCCGGGCCUUGGAGCAGCCCUUCGAGAGCAGCCAGAAGAAUACCAUUGCCUUGGAGAAGGCAGAAUUCCUACGGGAUCACGUCUGUGUGAGUCCCCAGGAGCUGGAGACUCUGAUCCAGCAUGCCCUUGACGCUGACAAUGCAGGAGUAAGUCCAGUAGGAAAUUCUUCCAACAACAGCAGUCACUGGGACCUUGGAAGUGCCUUUUUCUUUGCUGGGACUGUCAUCACCACCAUAGGGUAUGGGAAUAUUGCUCCAAGCACUGAAGGAGGCAAAAUCUUUUGUAUUUUAUACGCCAUAUUUGGAAUCCCACUCUUUGGUUUCUUAUUGGCUGGAAUUGGAGAUCAACUUGGAACCAUCUUUGGGAAAAGCAUUGCAAGAGUGGAAAAGGUCUUUCGAAAAAAGCAAGUGAGCCAGACCAAGAUCCGGGUCAUCUCCACCAUCCUCUUCAUCUUGGCUGGCUGCAUCGUGUUUGUGACGAUUCCUGCUGUCAUUUUCAAAUACAUUGAGGGGUGGACUGCCUUGGAGUCCAUUUACUUUGUGGUGGUCACUCUCACCACAGUGGGCUUUGGUGAUUUUGUGGCAGGGGGAAACGCUGGCAUCAAUUACCGGGAGUGGUAUAAGCCCCUAGUGUGGUUUUGGAUCCUUGUUGGCCUGGCCUACUUUGCAGCCGUCCUCAGUAUGAUCGGAGAUUGGCUACGGGUUCUGUCCAAAAAGACAAAAGAAGAGGUGGGUGAGAUCAAGGCGCACGCAGCCGAGUGGAAGGCCAACGUCACGGCCGAGUUCCGGGAGACGCGGCGGCGGCUCAGCGUGGAGAUCCACGACAAGUUGCAGCGCGCCGCCACCCUGCGCAGCAUGGAGCGCCGGCGCCUGGGCCUGGACCAGCGGGCGCACUCGCUGGACAUGCUGUCGCCCGAGAAGCGCUCCGUCUUCGCCGCCCUCGACACCGGCCGCUUCAAGGCCUCGUCGCAGGAGAGCAUCAACAACCGGCCCAACAACCUGCGCCUCAAGGGCUCCGAGCAGCUGCACAAGCACGGCCAGGGCGCCUCCGAGGACAACAUCAUCAACAAGCUCGGCUCCACCUCGCGGCUCACCAAGAGGAAAAACAAGGACCUCAAGAAGGCCCUGCCCGAGGACGUGCAGAAGAUCUACAAGACCUUCCGCAACUACUCCCUGGACGAGGAGAAGAAGGAGGAGGAGACGGAGAAGAUGUGCAACUCGGACCACUCGAGCACGGCCGCGCUCACCGACUGCGUCCAGCAGCCGGCGGCCGAGAACGGCGUGGUCCCCAGCGACGCCAAAGACAGGGACCCGGAGAACAACUCUCUGCUUGAGGACAGAAACUAACGGGGAUGGGACCCUCGGCUCCACCGCCGUUUGCGCGUGCGCGUGCGUGGACCUGUGUGCGUGCGUGUGCGUGCUUUGAAAUCUUCACCCCGACACGCGUGCCUUAAACAGACUUCUUGCUCGUCCGAAAUUACAUAGCGUUGGAGAAUAUCUUUCACUGUGCCAUAUACCACCCAGAAAGCUCGCCCUGCCCAGCGGAGCCGGAGAACCAGGCCCCCGCACUCCCGAGGGCGACGCAGGGAUGCCCAGGGAGUA